AGGUGUGGUUGCUGAAUUUCAAGAGCGGCUUCUCAUUAACCUGCAUGCUGUCCCAGGGACAACACCUCCCAGCAGAGAGAGGACAUCGGCAAUGCUGGCUGAACUUGAUAAUUGUCCGAAGACCAACUUCUGCAAUGUCAGUACAGUAUUCCGGAUACACUGAAAUUCCAGUUUUGUAGAAUUCCUCAAGUAUGGAGUUUUAAUGUUCUACAUUCCUAACGGUCCAAAUUUUCAGAAUUUACGAUCAACUCAAUUACACAGUUCAGGAGUUAUAGUCUUCCAAAUUAGCAUUUCCCAAGCCUUAUGAAGUUACAGUAUUCUAGAGUCCAACAAUUUUAUACUCUUAAAUUAUAAUUUCAGUCUGUUUUCUGGAUUCCAAUCAAAAGUCCCAGAAUUCUUUAAAUCCAGAGUUUCUGGAUUCCAAGUUAUAUGAAUAUUCUGGAUUUACGUUCCUGAUAUUCUGUAUUUCAGAUCACAAUUUCAACAUUUCUGGAAUUCUAGUUUUCCAUCUUUACCACGUUGCUCUAUUUCAGUAUUGCUGAAAUCUGUCACUUAAAAAUAACUCACUCCAGCCAGGAUUCCAGCAGGGACCAUUGACCGAGCUCAAGUCGGGUGUGCUGGCCAUGAUGAACCACACCUACAAUCCUCAGUUUGGGAGGCGGAGUUGGGCGACCAUGCUGAGAGUGUCACAGGCGUGAGAAUCUCAUUCUGAAGAUACACAACUGCCAGUACGUGGCAGUACAGCAAGCAGGUUGCUGGAACCUAAUAAUCCAAAACCUUCCAUACUUUGGUUUAGGUGGUUCCUAAGCUCGGGGGUCGACAGGGUAUUUAUUUUACAUUUUAAAAUAUAAUUUUAAUAGCUCACAUUCCAGUGUAUAUAAUGCACAUGAUACACAGCCAUAGGACAACACGUUCUUUACCACUGGCUGGUUUCCCACCCUUUUGUAAAAACAAAACCACGUCAGGUGAACUUUAAAUUACUAUUUUGCUAAAGUUAUCGCCAAGAUCACUAGCAAAUCCAUUUUCCAUAAGGCAAAACCAAAAGUGGGUCAAGUGUUGUGUGGUUCUACAAUGACAGUGGCUGGCCUUGCAGUUCAGAAGUAUAAUGAGAUACGAGCCCACUCAUUUCCUGAAGAAAUUCAAUUUGCAAAGAGGCAUUGGAUUUGUCAAAAUAUAUUAACACCAGCGAUUUGGUAUUCUAGAGGAAAAGCUAUGCAAGAGUAUACAGUAUCUCAAAUGUAUGUAUAUUGAAUUUAUUUUUCACUGUACGUAGCCAACCGUGCUAAUCUGAGGUGCAGGGGAAGGACACCAAUCCUACCUGCAGCAGAAGGGAAAACUAGCCAAAAUUAUCUUCCGUUCCUGACCACACAACUAUCCAAAGUGCUAAUGUGCAACUACAAAAUCUCACCAUUAAUGCACCUGUCUCAACGUAUUUGACCUUCUCACCUCUCCUUACAUUCCUACGUGAAUUCUGUUUCCCUACUUCCUGCACAAAGCACUCUGCCUACUCCUUAUUACCCUGGAAUUCGUCGCUCACCUUUGUUGUCCAACCUAAUUACAACUCGCUCUUUUUUAACGUUUCAUGUAGCCGCUUACCGCCCAGGUCUGUGUUGCUGUCAAUGAUUAGUUUAAUGGGUUUCGAUUAGACUUUUCAUCAACAGCAAUUAUAAUACCUGUACAGUUAUCCAUAAAUUCAUAAAUGUUACCAGUUAUAUACAAACUACUGCAUGCAUUGGCACCUUCAUAUACCUGAGACCUGGUGAAGCCCUAAUGGACCCUAAAGUACUCUGCAAUUAAACGCUGGUGGUUGGUUACCAGUCAUCAUUUUGGUGGGUCAUCGAACCUUUGUCCACUGCACCAAGAUUUUCAAACGAACUUCUGCAUCGCCUCAAUAGUUCCACUAGCAUCGCUGUUACCACAUCUUAAAACACGUUGCUUUACCAGAAUUUUUUUUUUCUAUAACUGGAUUUUCAUUGAUUUUAUACCAAUUGACACUACUGAAAACUCUGAUAGUGUGCCCAAGGUCUAAUUCAAACGUGGAGCACAAUAUAACAUCUAAGGGGUAGACAUGCUCAACCGCUCAGCUCUCUCGGACUCCGAGCUCAUCCUGCUGCACUACAACUACACGGGGAAGCUGGACCAUGGGUCCCGCGGGGAGCCCAGCUCCUCACUGGGGCCCGGCUCGCUGGCCCUCAUCGCUGUCUGCUGCGUCAUCGCUGCCGAGAACCUCCUCGUCAUGGCUGCCAUUGCGUGCAACGGCCGGCUGCACACGCCCACCUACUGCUUCGUGUUCAACCUGGCGCUGUCCGACCUGCUGGCGGCGGCGCUUUACGCCGCCAACGUGCGCCUGUCGGGAGCCACCACGCUGAGGCUGAGCCGCGCUGCGUGGUUCGCACGCGAGGGCGCCAUGUUCGUGGCACUGGGCGCCUCCGUCUUUAGCCUGCUGGCCAUCGCAGUGGAGCGCUACGCCACCAUGCUGCGUAUGCGCCUCACCCCGGGGGGGCGCGUCGGCGCGCGCCGCCGAGCUGCCAUCGCCGCCGCCGCGUGCUGGGCCGCGGCCCUGGUGCUGGGGGCUCUGCCGUCGCUCGGAUGGAACUGUGUGGGCCGCCUGCCUGAGUGCUCGGCCAUCCUGCCGCUGUACGCCAAGUCCUACUUGCUCUUCUGCGUGGCGCUCUUCUCGCUCAUCCUGGCGACCGACUCCGUGCUCUAUGCGCGUAUCUAUUGCCUUGUGCGGCGCAGUGGGAGGCGCGUAUCCCUGCGGGCGCCGUCCGCCUCCACUGCUGGCUCGUCUGCCAUCGAUGCUCCCGCAGCGGCUCGGAAGGCGCUGGCAGGGCGAGCAUCUCCCGAGCUGGGGUCUUCAUGCGCAAAGCUUAAGCUGCCAGCAGGAUCGGCAACCCCCAUGAAAAACACCUCUCCAGUAAGCCACAAGAAGGCUGGUGAAUCUGCUGGAACACCAAAGUCAGCCAGACCAACCAGAACAGGCGGAACAGCCGCAGCCCCUGGCAUGGCCGAAACAGGCGGAACAGUCGGUACACCCAAAACAGCCAGAAUGGCCACAACGGAUGGAAACACCGGAGCAAGCUGUCCCUCUCCAUCUUUGACGCCAAGGCCUGCUUCGCAGAGGGCCUCAGCCGCUUCCGAGAGGUCGGUGGCGCUCCUGCGCACGGUUGCCAUUGUUGUGGGCGUCUUCAUCGCCUGCUGGUCUCCGCUCUUCGCGCUCCUCGCUGCCGACGUGGCGUGCGAGGCGCGACGCUGUCCCAUGCUGCUGCGCGCCACCGACUGGUGCCUGGUGCUCGCCGUGCUCAACUCAGGUGCCAACCCCAUCGUGUACACGCUGGCGAGCCGCGAGAUGCGCCGCGCCUUCGUCCGUCUCGCCUGCUGCGUGGCCAAAGUGGUGGCCCUGCCCAUGGGUCGGCGCCGCAGCAGCCAACACCUGAGCCCUCACCACUGGGGACUGGACAGCGACACGGCGUCGACGCCGCACGCUGGCGUCGGGGCGGUCGCCGCCGCUGCCCACGCUCCAGCCGCUGCUGCGGCCAAGAUUCUGUUCCGGCAGCGGGGGUUCAGCUCGAGGAGGAGCACUCGGAGUGCAGGGCGAGCGCCGUCACCGGCGCCAGAGUCCGUCAGACCCACCGCCGCCACCGAGGCUGUGAGCUGCUCUUGAAUGAAGAGAUCAUAAUAGCCAUGUCGGACACAACUUAGCUUGCAUUGCUGAGGUGCUGAGUUUGAGAUUACAGCCCUGGGGUAGGAGGUGGCCGGGUGGCUCAGGGUGCUGUUACGUCAGAGAAAUGAGCCAGUACUGCUGAGAUCCUGGGUUUGGAUCCAAGUAUCAGCCAACCAUGACUAUAACUAGGUUCUCAAGUGUAAAAAGAUUGUAAGCAAUUAUGGAAAAAAAAUGACUCAAGUUAAAACUGUCAAGUCAAACCAACAUGAUUUCUUGCUCAAAUGGUCAAUUGAGGCGGUGCUCACAUCUUGUUUACAGUCCUGAGCCAGUGGUGGAAAUUCCACAUUCCUAUGGCAGGGCUGAGUCCAUAGAAUGACUUAUAUUACCACAAAAUGGUACUCAUUUGAUCAAUCCCAGAUAGGUUGAUAGGCCGAAUCCAUCCCCAACCAGGAUUUGAACUCGCAACCUUGCCAUUGUGAGCCGCUCACCGUGCUGCUGAGCCACCCGGCAAAUUUGAGUUAUUUUACCUCUAAGAAAACGAAAUGUUGGUAUGGCAAAAGGUGCCCUCCAGUGCAGAUAAAAAGACAAAAUGAAGUGAUCUCAGAAGUCGUUCUGGUAUGACACCUUUCUGGCCAGUUCUCCAACAAAGUGGUGCACUGCACGCUGCGAGUGACGAAGAUACAUUUUGUCAUCUCAUGCAUGAUAGGAACAGUAUUAGUGGAAUAUAAUUGCAGAAUUUUUAUUUUUAAUGAAUGCUGUGGCUUGGUGUCUAUCCCUCUCCAUGGAGGUUAAUAAUGGCAUUGGAGUCACGACUGCAUUCCAGCAUCGCUGAGUUCCUAGAUUUAUAGUCAAAUCCUUGGGACUGGACAUGUCUAGAGCUCUCUAUCUGGAGGUUCACAAUUGCUAUAAUAAGGUUGAUAAUUUCCACAUCAAAAACACUAAGCAGACAUUGAUGAGGACCUGAGAGUGCAAGAUUAAGAAUGCUGUCGCAGGACUUAUGUUUGUCAUAUGGUCAUAAUGGGCAUGUCUGAAAUACUAACAUGGCAAUGCAGAGGUCCUGGACCCAUAUAUUUCUCCAAGUGAGUUGUAUUAUUUGCGUUGUAUGCGGACGAAAAGGGUCCAACAAAGACAAGGUCCUGGGUAAAAGACAAAAGCUCUGGGCUGGGUAUCUCACUUGUUCGGGAGGGGGGGGGGGUUCAAUAAUGCUACAUUCAAGUUUUAUCUCCUCUGACUCAACCCGGUCACCACUGACUGCACAAAGCAAAAUCCAUGAUCAUAAUUAUAGUUUUUUCACUUGGUUUUAAAUUUUAUCAAGUCCAUGUUAUAGGUUACAAUUCCUACACACAUCGGAUGACUGACAUGCGGUGAACUGCUUUUUCAGGAAUUUCAAAAAUCACUAUCCAGUGUUGUUUUGAGAGGCUGUAUGAAGGCAAGAGUCGUACUGAAGUGGAUCUGGGACGUCAUCUUCCGGAGCCGUUCCCCAACACUGCACUCUACGGGAGUUCCCAAUGUUAAUCUCUUGACGAGCUGGUAAUUACAGCAAAAUGGGGAUAUUGAAAAAAAACAUUAAGUUAACUUUUAAUUAAUUGUUGGGGGCUGAUGUUUGUUAAUUUAAUUUUUUUUUAUUUUGUUCAUUUUCAGUUUGUAGUAUUUAAAUGUAUCAAAAUUUGUAUUAUCCUGUCAUGAACUGCAUGGUGAGUCAAGAAAAUAUUGUUCAUAAGUGGUCGAGUACAUUUUAAAGGUGUUGGGUUUGUCUGUGGUCACUCAUCUGCUUCCAAUAUGUAACAGUGCAAAAUAGUUUGUAUUUCAGUGCCUCGUUCGAGAACAGCAUUGCAAACUGUGAAAAUCUGUCCUGGAUAAAUGAAGAAAGUUGUAGAAAACGCCAUUACUAAGUGGACAUGCACAUGUACAGGCCUCUUAUCAAGCUACUGCCGAUUGAAGGCAUGCUGUGUGGGUUAUUUGGGAAAAUUCCACUUGCUCUUUGUUGUCCACAGCCCCACACAGCCUGGUAUGCAUGGCAGUUACCCAUCCAAACACUAUCCGAGCUCAAACCUGCUUAGCUUCUGAGAUCUAAUGAGAUCAGGCGCAUUCCAGGUUAUUUGGUCCACUCCUUAGUAUUUACCCUUUAAGGUAUACAUGGGAAGCUGCCUUCGUAGCUCUAAACUCACCUGUCUAGUUUCUUCCCAGGAUCUCAGGUCUGAGAUGUCUCUCAUGCUCAAGGCUACAUUUGCCGAGUUUGUUUUGGGCUGCAGAGCUUUCUCUUACUGAGAAACUCGGUUAGAUCUCACUAUGAUACUUUUUUAAUUAGCUCAUGUUCUUAAGGAGAAAUUAAAAAACCUUGACUUAAAGCUUUCGUGACUGCAGGAUUUCAUAUUCUUUGGGUCUUUCGGUAAAGUCACGUAGUUAGGUUCAAGUAAUAUAACAAAAAACUACGACGUUUCGAUCGCAACACAAGCGGUCGUUAUUUUCUUUGAACCUAUCUACGUGACUUUCCCAAAAGACCCAAAGAAUAUUACAAACCUUGUUAUUACAAGAGUCAAAUGUAUCCAUUGCAUAACAUAAAUACAUUGUAUGCACUUCAUAUAAUUACACCUUAUUAUAUUGUUUCAAAUUACCUUUUUUUACUUGGAAAAUUAAUGAAAAUGUUUCGUUUUAAUUUAAUAUUUACAUAUUAAAUUAAUGUUAUUUUAAAAUGUGUCACUUUGGUGCAAUAUUAAUUGUCUGCUCAUUUUGUAAACUGUGCAUUGAACUGAUGUAUCGCUGCCACCUUGCUGAAACACAUUUUGAAAUGAGAUGUUAAUCCUGAGGGUUUAAAUUGCAUCAUCGUCAUCAUUAUUAUUUAGAAUCCUAUGUAAAGAGUGCUCUUUGCCAUAAUAAUGUAGAAUUUCCACAACUGGCCUUGGAACUGCUGACUGAUGAGAACGGUCCCCUAUUUAUUUGAGCAGGGAGACACAGACAUGCGUUUUUUUUAAAAUAUUACAUUACACAUGACGUUGCGGUGUCCAUUAGAUUAUUUGUCUGUUGUGUUUAUGCCUCAAUUUAUCUGUCGUGCUUAAAUAAAUGGUCGCAGGUAAAGAUUGUGACACUAACGGUGACAAUGUGACACCACCCUCCACCCAAACCACCCUCUUCAAUUUGCGUCGUUCACAAUGUCCGGCAGAAUAAAUCAAGGCACUGCAACACCACCCACACCUGUCAGUGUUAAUGUAUACAGCUCACUGAGUCUAUGGCUCCCCUAGGGUUCAGGAGUAAUGCAUCAAGCUCAUACCGAGCCAGACUAAGGCUUCCUUCGGGUUCAGUAUGAAUGUACGAGGCUCAAAACGCCAGACUAAGGCUUCUUUAUAGUUGCCAUUGUACGAAGCGUAUACAUAGAUGAAAUAGAUGGACUGAAUUGCACACUUUCGUUUAUAAUGUUUCUUAUACAAUGGCACACGUAGAUGCGCUUACAAACAAAAUUCCCAUCAUGCUGUGCAUGCCCGUCAUCACGACCACCAAAUGGCAUGUGCAAUGUUCUCAGCCUUGUCUAGCUCGUACAGCCAUACUAAGGUUAGCCUAGGGUUCAUUAUUAAUGUACGAUGCAUAUAGAGGCAGACGGGGCCUCCUUUAGAGUUCAGUAUUAAUGUAUGAGGCACAUAGAGGCAGAAUACGACUCCCUUCGGGUGCAGUAUUAAAGUAUGUUGUUCAUACAGCCAGACAUAAGACUCCCAAAGGGUUCAAUAUGAAUAACGCUUAUUGAGGCAAAACUAGGACUAUCUUCCGGUUUAGUCUUACGUCUGGGGCUUAUGAAACCAGACUAAAGCUCCCUGUAUAUAUACACAAUCAACAUCAUCUACCCGUCUCAGCUCUCACCUCAAACCACAACAAAGUCCCGCCCACUAAGGCGAAAUCGACCAAUAGGAGCGGGGGCGCUUUGUCAUUUUACCAUGACGUCUUGCAUAUCAUUAGUAUAAAUGAUGAGUGUUGGCAAGUUAUGAUGUUUAAAGCCUCCCUUGGGGUUAAACUUUAAACACUGGUGAAUUCCAAUCAUUUAAUAAUUUGUAACAGUGAUUGCAUGCAUAUCACCUAUGCAUAUAUGUAUGGUAACAUGUGGAUAUAAUACUGCAUUAACAUAAUGACGGUAUAAUUGUAUUUACAUAUAUACACGUAAAUGCACACACUUAACCUAUGUAUAUAAUUAUCAGACAUAUAUAAUUAUCAGACAUUCCAUACACACGCAUGUAUAAAUAUGGACGGACAAGAAGACGCAAUACAAGACCUGGAAUAAUUUCACAUUUAAAGGUAAGUUCAUAUUUAAAAUACAACUUUGGUAAAAACGUCCUUAUGGUAUGGUAAUGAUUAAAAUGACAUUGUUAUGAAAACGCUCUUAUCAUAAGGAUGAUGCUGCUGUCACGUGCUGCUAACGAUAAUGCCACUGCUGAUGAUGUUGCCGCGAAAGCAUUAGAUGUGAUACUGUAGAUGCUGCUGUUACUGUUAAUGAUGUCAAUGAAACAGCUGUUGAUAGUUGUAAUCUGAUUAUGUUUAUACUUAUGAUGCUGUUGAGGACGCUUCUGUUUAAGAUAUUGCUACUGAUCCUGUUGCUUAUGAUUCUGCUGCUUUCGAGAAUGAUUAUACACAUUGUUCUCUCAAUCACCCGGCAGAUCGACAAUUCAAGACCGCCUCCUGGUGAACACUGCUGGUACUGCACAUUGAUGUAACCCUCAUGGGCCUCUAACUCAAUAUAAACUUACCACGGAACACAAACGUACAUACUACACAGAUUACCACGUAUACCAUUAUACGCAUGCACUGGUGGGGGGGUGGCACGUGCCCCCCCAAUGAUCCGAUCGAAAUCCCUAAUUUCGAUC